AUGGCUAAUCUCCUUCCCAUGAACUUACCUCACGAGCUGAUGCGUGACGUUCAAAUUGGAAAAUGGCACAUUCCGGCAGGAACCGGUGUGAUUGGUCAGAUUAGCAAUGUUCUUUAUGACGAGGAGGUUUUUGAUGAUCCGCUCGUGUUCAAUCCCAACAGAUUUAUCGAUGACAACUGCAAGCUGAAGAAGGUUGAUGAGUUAAUACCGUUUUCUAUCGGAAAAAGACAAUGUUUGGGUGAAGGUCUUGCAAGAAUGGAGCUUUUCCUUUUUGUUGCGAAUCUAAUCAAUCGCUUCAAGCUCUCGCCUGUGGAUCCUAAUGACCCACCCACCAUGAAAAAAACCUUUGGAACAACUGUCCAACCGAGAGAAUAUCGGUGUUUUGUAAAGUCUAGACAAUAG